CUUUCCGGGUCCUGGGGGCUGGGCCAGGCGGGGUAUAAAGGGGUGGCGGAGCUCUGCACCCAGCAUUUGGGACACCUUUGAAUUGCAGCCUAGGCCAGGUCGCCCCGGCAACCAGCGGUCCAGCCAAUCAACAUUCGGGAGGCCGCACUUCUGUGGCACUCGGUGGAAGCCAUGGCGGUCACCAGGAAAGCACUGAUCAUCUUGGCUCACUCAGAGAGGACAUCCUUCAACUGUGCCAUGAAGGAGGCUGCCGUAGAGGUGCUGAAGAGGAAAGGAUGGGAAGUGGCUGAGUCUGACCUCUAUGCCAUGAACUUCAAUCCCAUCAUUUCCAGAAAGGACAUCACAGGUACACUGAAGGACCCUGAGAACUUUCAGUAUCCAGCCGAGACUGCUCUAGCUUAUAAAGAAAGCCGCCUGAGCCCGGAUAUUGUGGCUGAGCAAAAGAAGGUGGAAGCUGCAGACCUUGUGAUAUUUCAGUUCCCACUGCAGUGGUUUGGAGUCCCUGCCAUUCUGAAAGGCUGGUUCGAUCGAGUGCUCAUAGGAGGGUUUGCCUACACAUAUGGUGCCAUGUAUGACAAGGGGCCUUUCCAGAAUAAAAAGGCUGUUCUUUCCAUCACCACUGGUGGCAGUGGCUCCAUGUACUCUCUCCAGGGUGUCCAUGGGGACAUGAACGUUAUUCUCUGGCCAAUUCAGAGUGGCACUCUGCAUUUUUGUGGCUUCCAAGUCUUAGAACCUCAGCUGACAUACAGCAUUGGGCACACUCCACUGGAUGUCCGAACUCAAGUCCUAGAAGGAUGGAAGAAACGCCUGGAGAAUAUAUGGGAUGAAGCACCACUAUAUUUUCCUCCAAGCAGCCUCUUUGACCUAAAUUUUCAGGCAGGAUUCUUACUGAAAAAGGAGGUACAAGAUGAGCAGAAAAACAAGAAAUUUGGCCUUUCUGUGGGCCAUCAUUUGGGCAAGCCCAUUCCAACUGACAACCAGAUCAAAGCCAGAAAAUAAGAUGGACUUGAUUUCUAACAUGUAGUCAAAUCUAGGUAUUUUUUCAGCUUCAUUUUCUUUAAAGUUUUUUUUCUUUUUAUCUUUUUUCCCCUCACAAGAUAUGAAUAUAAGAAGGAACAGACUGCAUUUAUAUAUUUUUAGAAAGUUUUACUACUGAAUGCAACUUAUUUUUACUAUUGACGUCUUGGCAUAUAACCAAAAUCUGGAUGCCAGAGGCCAACUGAGAUGUAAAGCAGGCAGAGGUUUCCAGAAAGAUGCUAUAAAAUAUUUUUUAAAGUCAUCUACACAAUUUAAUUUGUUUUAGGCUAGCUUUGGCUAGACAGUAUGGAACAUUCCAAUCAUUUUUUUUUUUUAUACCGGGGAUUGAACUCGGGACCUUGUGCUUGUAGGCAGGUGGCAGAAGCACUGAGCUAAAUGCCUGGCCCCCAAUCAUCUAUUUUAAUUACCUCUGUAUGGUUUAUGGCAGAAACGAAUUGCUUAGAAAAAGAAGUGACUAACUCUCUGCUUAAGGGAAUUCACUUGUUAAAAUCCACCAGUCGUUUAUGAUAGGUACUGGUUUCAAUUACUAGAAGUGACUAGAAUGCUUGACAUGAAUAUUACUCUUCAACUUGUUGUUUAUAUACAAUACACACAUAUGCCUUGAAAUGAAUAGCUAAUAAAAGUCAUUUUACCUCAC